GAAUUGUGUGAACAAAUUAUGAUCCGAUUUCGUCGUUUGUGGAUAAACGUGCGUGGCGAUUUCGUGUCGAUUUCGAUAUUCAGGCGUUACCCCAUCGGACAUCGUUGCUGAUAACUCGAUGCAUCAUUGGUCGGAUACAGCUGAUUACGAAACGAUUACAUAUUUUACACUUUUACACGGCAUUACUACUACAGCAGUACAACACUAAUAUUCAGUCGUUGUAUUUGCCGUUUUAUUAAGCACAGACAACUACAACAAAUUGACAUUCAACUUGACCAGUCGAGAUUACUGUUUUGUAUAACCCAUUCAAGUGUAAUUGAAUUUAAUAAUUACAAUUUUUAUAAUUUUAUCAUUCAGUUUCAGUUGUCGUACAGUCUCUACCGUUUAUCGCGAUCCAAGCACUCGUUGUUUUCUAGUAGGCUCAAAAUAAGUUUAGUAAGUAUAUUAAAUAUUGCUUUACAAUGGCACCCAAAUCAGUGUCGUCUCAAAAUCAAAACAAGUCUAAGAAUAACAUUUUUCUCAAAAAACUCAAUCAUGCUUUGGUAAUUAACAAUAAUUUACAAAAACAUGUUGAAGAGUUAUCAGAACAAAAUAAAGAAUUAUCAACCACUAGGAAUAAUUUAUCAAUGGAGAAACUGUCAUUGCAAAAUGAAAAUAACUCUAUUAAAAAUUCAAACAUUCAAUUAACCACAAUGCAUAAUACAAUGAUUAAAAAACUUACUGCCCUAGAACAAACUAUUCAAAGCUGUAUACCUGCAUUGGUAACUUUGUCGCAAUGUAUUCCAUCUAUGUUAGAAACUGUACAUGAAAUGAGUAAAUUUGAGAUCAAAGACUUUAACAAGGAAAAGAAAGAAAAACAGACAAAAUUUGUAAGGCCUAUGAUUAAUGGUAUGACCAUUGCUCAACCAGCUGUUUCAAUAAGACGAUUUGAUAUGUCACCUAUCGUUGAAAGUCCUAGUACUAGUACUGAACAAACACCUAAAAGACCAAGAAAAUUAAGUUAUAGAAGUUCACCACAAUGUAAACUUAAUAUGGAACCAUAUGUAAGAUUGAAAGAUGUUGCCGCUAUGCUGAAGAACUCCAAAGCUGUUCCUAAUGAAGAAGGUCCUCAACGUCGAUUAAAUGAAAGUUUAGGUGAAGGUCCAAGUUGGUUACAUAAUCCAGAAAAUCAAGCUCAAAGUUCUAACAAUAAUACUAAUGCGGUUCAAAAUGUUAAAAAUUCUCCAAAGCCAACAACAUCUAAUGAAGUUCAAGCUGAUGUGACAGCAAUUGCUUCUACUUCAAGUGGUAAUGUGGAUAAUACUAAUGGAAUUGAAGAACGCCCAAAUGAAUCAAUAUCUUCUAUUAAUUCAAGUAUGCUGAGAAACGUUACAUGUCGAAAACGUACUAGACGAUCUAGUGAAUCAAGCAGUGCAUCAGAUAUUGAUGAUUCGACUUCUUCAUCAAGACCUAGUAGAUCUGCAUCAAAAAACAUCAAUUAUAAAGAAAAGAGCAUUGGCGGUAAACUCAGAAGAUAAUUAUAUUAACUAUCAUAAAACUAAUAAAGAAAUAGUUUAUGAUAUUUAAUUAUGUGUAUUUUACAUUAUAUGUCAUUUUUCAUUAUUAUUUAACUACAGCUAU